AUGUUUUAUUUUAGUGUAGGAAAUGAGACAUCAAUUAUUCUUUCAUCCAUGCUUGCGAUUGUACUAUUUUGCGGCAUGCAAAUUUAUCGCCAUUGGCUAGCCGCUACGGCAUUACAAACCAUUUUUGGUGGAUAUUUGUCUUCUAUAUUGUUCGUUCUGAUUUUGACGACGAAAUUAUUUCCGGAAGUAUCUUUUUGUUUAGCGGUAUCACUUUUUGCAGCAAGUAUGAUUCAUCGAGUUUGUAUUACAACAUGCGUACUAUUUUCUAUACCUGCCCUGUACUACAUGAAUAAAUUAUCUCAAAAAGUACAUACAACUCCAGUUGUAGCAACUACUCAUGGAAAAAGAAAAAAUCGAAUAAUUUACAGAAUUAUUUAG